AUGAACGCUCCCGACCGGUUUGAAAUCAAAAUCACCCCGGACACGAAGGUGCCUAACGCCGCCAUCGUCAAGAUCGAGCGUGAGGACCACACCUUGGCCAACUUGUUGCGGGCCCAGCUUUUGAAGGACGACAAGGUCAUCUUUGCCGCCUACAAGAUCCCCCACCCGUUGUUUGCCAACUUCGAGUUGCGGAUCCAGACCGAGGACGACUACCUGCCCAAGGAGGCGUUGCGCAACGCGUGCUCGCUGUUGAUUAGCGAGUUGGACGUGAUCAAGACCCGCUUCAAGGACGAAUGGGCGCUUAAGGCGUUGUUGAACAACAAUGAGGACGACUAUUAG